GUACCUGGAAUACAAGAAGAUCCCCAAUAGCAGCCCACCCGAGUAUGAGUUCCUCUGGGGCCUGCGCGCCCGCCACGAGACCAGCAAGAUGAGGGUGCUGAGAUUCAUCGCCCAGUAUCAGAACCGAGACCCCCGGGAAUGGAGGGCUCAUUUCUUGGAGGCUGUGGAUGAUGCUUUCAAGACGAUGGAUGUGGAUAUGGCUGAGGAACAUGCCAGGGCCCAGAUGAGAGCCCAGAUGAACAUCGGGGAGGAAGCUCUGAUUGGACGGUGGAGCUGGGACGACAUACAGGUCGAACUCCUGACCUGGGAUGAGGACGGAGAUUUUGGCGACGCCUGGUCCAGGAUCCCCUUCGCUUUCUGGGCCAGAUACCAUCAGUACAUUCUGAAUAGCAACCGUGCCAACAGGAGAGGCACCUGGAGGGCUGGCGUCAGCAGUGGCACCAAUGGUGCGGCCAGCACCAGCAUGCUCGAUGGCCCCAGCACCAGCUCCACCAUCCGGACCAGAAACGCCGCCAGAACCAGUGCCAGCUUCUUCUCCUGGAUUCAGCAGCGCUGAGGAGCUGCAGCAGUCCCCUGCCGAGCCAGAGUGCCUCCCCUGCCCCCUCCCCGACAGAGCACUCUAGGCAGCUACUCCCCGUCCAUGGAAGAUGGCAUGCCAGAUGACGCGCUCUCUGCCCUUCCUGCUUUCCUGUGUGCUUUUCGUCGUGCUGUCGUGUUUUGGGUAUCGGUGUUGCAUUAA